UCCACUUUCCGUAAUCAGAAAAAGCUAUUUCCGCUUUUACAGGUGUAGAAAAUUAGUACCUAAAACAGUGGGAAUUAUCUUGAUGUGUCAGAGAAGAUAACACCUUCUCAAACAGUCUUAUCUGGUCUGAAUCAUGUACGGGGUUCAGUAUAAGAUACAGUUUCAACAACCAACAUUUUUAGCUGUGAAUUGUUACAAGAAUAUUUAAAAUAAUUUUCAAAAUGAAAUUUAAAAGUGCUUUAUACUAUUUGGCUAUUGGUUUCUUAAUCCUGGGAAUGUUUAUGGGUGAGGUUGAAGCUCGUCGUAAAAUUCUUCGAGGAAGAAAAACCAUAAAUCGACAAUAUUUCCGAAGACUCGGUAUUCCUGCAUGGUCUAUCGUUUUGCUUUGUGGCUUAGGAAUGCUAGUGGCUGGUGGAGGAUUAUACUUAGUUCUCAGGAGAGCAAUAAUUAGUAAGGCUGACGAUACCACGUCGAAUACAUAUCAUCAAGCAAUGCAAGAUGAAGUAUAAUUACCCAGUAUUGAUGAUUAUGAAAAAUGUACAAAACAUUUUAUAAUAAAAAGUAUAAUAUUGACUACAUAAA